AUGGCCUCCUCUAGCAAAGAAGAUCAUGCUUUGACCAAAAGAUGGGCUGAUAUAUGUCUAGAAGAUGAGGAAGAACACGAAGUCUCCCUGGCUGACGAUUGCGACGAGGAAGAAGAACUGAAUUUUGAUGACAGAUGGUGCCUAGUGGGUCGAAUGCUGUCUGGAAAAGUCUCUGAUUUCCAGAUAUUCCAAAAUAUUAUUGCUGACUUAUGGAAGCCUGGAAGAGGUAUUUUCAUUAAGAUUCUGGAUCAAAACAGGUUUCUUUUUCAGUUCUAUCAUGAGAUAGAUAUCAAAAGGGUGAUUGAUGGCAGUCCUUGGACGUAUGAUCGUAAACAACUACUCAUUGAAAGGCUUGAACCAGGUGGAAAUCCUAGAACGAUUGACAUAAACACGUUAGACAUGUGGGUUCAAAUCCACGAUCUGCGAACUGGAUUCAAAACUGAAUGGGCAAUAAGGGAAGCGGCUCGCUAUAUCGGUCAGUACGUGGAGUCCGAUCCUAACAAUUUUCAAGGCGUGUGGCGUGAUUACCUUCGGGUUCGAGUUCGAGUUAAUGUUAAUGCUCCAUUGAAAAGACGAAUGAAGAUCCGCAGCCGCAAUGGAGAAGCUUUUUAUGCUUACUUCAAAUACGAAAGAGUUCCGACAUUUUGUUUCAUCUGCGGUGUCAUGGGACAUGCUGAACGUUUCUGUGAGAAGAUAUAUGAUACCCCGAUUGAGAACAUAGUGAAACCAUACAGCAUAGAGAUGAAGGCUCCGACGAGACGACAAAGUUUUUUGACAGCCUCUCCAUGGCUCCGGUCAGGCAAGGGCGGUCAUGCUCCAGCGAAGCAGUCGACAUCAGCAUCUCCCUCUGUUAAUGCUCCUACGGAUUUUAGGGGCACCAAUUCAGGUAAUUGUGAUCCUCAUGAUAGUCAAUCAAAAUCACGUGAUUAUGGGAAUCAGCAAUCAACCUUAAAAGAGCAUGUUGUGUUGGUCAAUGACAACUCAGCAGAUUUCAAUAGUGAGGAGAUAAUUGAAAUCUCUGAUUUAAAAAGGAAACGUUUGGUGACUUCUACACAUGUUGGGCCAGCUUCUAUGACAAAAGACUUAAUGGAAACAGAGGAUGGUAAAAUCGUAGAUCACUCAACUCAAGUGGUAAUUUCAAAAAACGUAGAUAUGGUGGGUCUUGGUUUCCAAGCCCACCAAGAGCUAUGA